ACUUUCUACUGGCAGCCCAUAACCUAUAGUUUAAUAUGAUAAUGUCAAGCAGAGCCGCCGGAAAACUCAUAUGCAAUACUAUCACAUACUUGGGGAAAGAAUGAGGAAGUAACGUAUCAAGACUUUCAGGAUUUCACCUGAAGGACUCUGAAGAAAGGCUUCGACAAGAUAUGGUACACAUGUUGGCUCGCUUCUCAGCGCGGAUUGCGGUAUGCUUGGGUCGACACCUGUUGUAUCAACAAGACCAGCAGCGCAGAAUUGUCCGAAGCGAUUAAUUCCAUGUUCAGGUGGUACAUGAACUCCGCCGUAUGCUUCGUGUUCCUCUCGGAUUUGCCAGAAGAGUCGAUAUUCAAUGGCGCCUUUCCAAAAUGCGAAUGGCUACGCCGAGGUUGGACUCUUCAGGAGCUGGUCGCAUCUAAAAGAGUAGAGUUCUACGACUCUGCCUGGGAAAUUCGCGGUAGCACACCUGAACUAAACGCAUUCGUCUCCCGGCUGACGGGGAUUGAUGAGGAGGUCUUACAUGAUAGUGAAGCAAGGUUCAAAAUUCCUGUUGCGAGGCGGAUGGCUUGGGCUUCUAAGAGGAAGACGACGAGAAUUGAGGAUGAGGCUUAUUGUCUAUUGGGUAUAUUUGACGUGAAUAUGCCGUUGAUAUACGGCGAAGGCGACAAGGCUUUCAUGCGACUGCAAGAAGAGAUCGCAAAAGCAACUACUGAUCUAUCAUUACUUGCGUGGGAAGAUCCGUAUUCAGAACUGGAAUACCGAGGUGUGUUCGCCAGCUCGCCUAAGGAAUUCGCUAAUACCUCCAACCAACUCCAAUCACUUACCAAAGACCCAAUUCCGGGGAAAGAAUUCUCUAUCACAAAUAGAGGUAUUCGAAUCGAGGCUACUCUCACUGCAUACGUUUCACGGGUGAAAGAUUAUAUUUUAUACUUAGGGUUCAUCGAAUCUGAAUAUCAUAAAUUCCCAAACCCUAUCGGAAUCUAUCUAUCGAAGAUGUCCGAUGGCAGAUACGUCCGCUCUUACCCUCGACGAUUUCUUCGGUCAGGCGAUAGGCAGUGGGAACAUCGUACCUAUUAUAAUUCUACUAUCUAUAUGAGUAGAAUUCUCCGGGCACACGAAUAUGAAUCUAUUGAAAACCGGUUUCGAGGGGCUAUCAGCUAUGAACUCCCACACUCAAGGAUCAUCACCGCUGCGCCUCAGCAUUUAUGGGAUCCGGCUAGGCAACUCUUUUUUAACCCAGACCCAAAGCGCGGAACCACCAUAUGCUUCCUACUUCGUAGCAGCGGACGGCAAUUCAAAUCCUCUCGAUUCCUCAUUACAUGCGAAACAAUAUCCCCGUACUGGAAGCAGAUGAAACCGUCUUGCGCCGUGUGGCUUGAGGAUCACGAAUUAUUCAAGAGAUUCGUUCAUGUCGCGGAUACUACGGGUAGUUUGCCUGACCAUAUCGCCACAAAACAUCUUCUUGAUCAAAGUUUUGCGAUGAGCAUCAAUUCCUCGUGUUAUGGAUACCAAGAAGAUGCAGAAUUUGCCCAUGCUAUUCGAGCUAGAAUGGCGACGGAUAUGCUCCAAAACGGGCCUCAUUAUAAAUUGAUAUUGGAUUCGGAGAGCUAUCAGCUUUCUGAUCUCCCAAAAGAGCGUAGAACCAUGCUUCGCUCUCCGAACUCUGACUUGAUUUCGGAAAUCUUUGAUUCAGAUAGGUAGUGGAAGUUCAAUCUGUGAGAUCCUAUCAAAAGGUAUAUAGUGCAUAUUCCCAGCCAAACGAACUCCCAGUCAAUCAAACCAAACCUUCACACUUGGGCGGAUCGCAAGCGAACAAUUUUCAGUUAAUGAUAUAUUCUAUUAUGUGACUAAAUACUUCGACAGAGUGUAUUGGCCUUCCAAUGGAUAUUCUAU